ACCGAGUCGAUCACCAACCCCCGCAUCACAUCGUCCGACUAGCUAGCUCCUCUCCUCCUCUCUUCCCUUCUACCUCCACUGACUUCUUCAUUAUCCAGUAUCCAGCGCCUCCAUGGCUACCUAGCUAGCUAGCUUCUUCUUGUUGUUGUUGCUAUGUUCUUCUUACUAGCUAGAUCCAUCGAUUAGUCCGAGCUCUCUUAUUGUGCUAAUUGUGUUCCGUCGUCUAUCCUUCGAUUAUUCGUCGACAAUCCUAGUGCAUCGCAUGGAGUAGUGUUAGUUAAUCACCCGGCAGAGAUAGUCGCAGGAGUAUCAUCUAUCUAAUCUACGUAUAGGUUUUUCUUUGCUUGAACGUAACUUUGAUUCGGCAGAACAGCACGACGGCAGAUAUAUAGCUAGAGGAAAGAGGCGGCGAUCGAUGAUGGCAGGAGCUCCCCCGAUGCAUAUUUGCAUGGACUCCGACUGGCUCAAGGGCAUCGUCCCCGAGGAGCACGGGAUGGGGUCGUCGUCGCCGUCGGGAGAGCUGAUCGCGUGCCCGCGGGCGCCGAUGCAAGCGGCGGCGGACCGCCGGCUGCGCCCCCAGCACGACCAGCCGCUCAAGUGCCCGCGCUGCGAGUCGACGCACACCAAGUUCUGCUACUACAACAACUACAGCCUCUCGCAGCCGCGUUACUUCUGCAAGACGUGCCGCCGCUACUGGACCAAGGGCGGCUCGCUCCGGAACGUCCCCGUCGGCGGCGGCUGCCGCAAGAACAAGCGCGCGCCGCCCAAGAAGGCCGCGCCCGGCCCCGCCGUGGCGGCGGCGCUGCAAGGCCGGCACAUGGAGACCGGCCUCCACCUUUCCUUCUCCGGAAUGCAGCAUCAGCUGGCGCCGGCGCCGCCGCCGACCGCGGCCGACCCGCUCUGCAGCCUCGGCCUCUUAGACUGGAAGCAGUACGACCCCGUCUUCUUGGGCUCCGGUGGGUCGCCCGGGGCGCUGGAUAGCGCGGGCUCGGAGGCGCAGUUCAUGGGUGCCGGCAUGAUGGGCAUUGCCGCCGGCGGCGGCGCGGAGUACCAUGCACUGAGCGCGCUCCGGUACGCGGCUGGCCUCGGCGAGCAUCUGGCGCUGCCGUUCGGCGCUGGGCGGGCGGAGCACGAUGCCGUCGAGGUGAAGCCGGCGGCGGCGGAGAGGUUGCUGUCGCUCGAGUGGUGCGGCGAGGCGAGCCGCGCGGCGCCGGAGAGCUCCAUCAGCUCGCUGAGCGGGCUGGGCCUGUGGAGCGGCAUGAUCAGCGGCGCCCACCAUCACCAUGGCUCUUCCGCUGCCAUCUGAGAGAGGCUGAGCGUGCGAAGGGACACAUGCACGUCGCCGCUGCAAUCUGCAAACAUUAGCGGUUUGCUAAUAGCAUUAACAAGUAUGACUACGUAGAAUUGUUUGGCUUUAAUUUCUUGCUGCUGUUUUCCAUCUUCUCAAGCAUGGUUAUUACCUGUUUAUCUUCAUCGUUUUCCAAGUCCUGGUGAUGUUCUGCUGUUGUUCCAGUUCAUCCAAACUGUCGUGCAUGGUUCUGUUAAACACGAUGCUGGCUUGCUAGAGAUUAUAAAUUUGUUCUACAUGUUCAGUUUCAUAAGUAUUUUUUUCUAUGUUGUGUGGGAAACAAAAAAAAAAUCAAACAGGCAUGACAGUACGAAGAAUUUUGUAUCUGGCAUAAACAAAUGAUUCAGUGCA